AUGUCUUCGCCAUUGCAAGGAGCAACAAUGACGUUUCUGGCAGAGUUUGUGAGAGCUCGUCGCAUUCUUGAAAUAGGUUGCUAUACAGGUUACAGCGCCUUGGCCUGGUACGAAGGCACUAGAAAAACUAAUGCAGAGAUCAUCUCGCUGGAGGCCGACCCGAAGAUGAUUGCAGCCUCGCGCAACACAUUUGACAAAUACAAGAAGCUGAGCGGCCAGUUUGACAUUAUUUUUGUUGAUGCAAACAAGGAGGGCUACCAAAAUUAUGUACAAUAUAUUUUGGAUCAUAAGUUGUUAGCCCCUGAAGGGUUGAUCAUGUGUGACAAUGUCUUUGCUAGGGGUAUGACUAUUUCCACGAAUGCCAACCCUCUGCUGUCUGGAGAGUCCCGCUCUUACUGGACGGAGAACGGCAAGGCACUUCGAGGCUUUUGUGACUUUUGCCGCGAAGACAAACGCAUCGACGUUCUUCUCCUGCCUCUCUUCGACGGCGUAACCCUUGCGAAAUGGGUGCCAAGCUCGCGCCAUGAAAUUAUGUCUUCGACUCAUGAUGCAUUGGAGGAUAAAAAGGCUGCUCCUUGA